UGCGCAUGCUCACGGAGUGUCUGUUGGUGCUCUCUCCUUCACUCAGCUACACUGAGCAACGGUGCGAAAGUCUACACACUCCGUUGUAAAUUUAAGACAUGGAAGAGAAAGUGGGGAUUGUGGUGCUGCAGGAGGAGAAGACAGAAACGGGUGUGCAGGCAGAAAACAAAGAUGUCUGUGUGGCAUGUGAGCACCACGCACCCAAGGGUCACGGAACAAUGGUUGUCCCCCCGGUGUACUCAGACCUGGGAAAAGCUGCCAAAGAUAUCUUCAGCAAAGGCUUUGGCUAUGGAGUUGUGAAGCUGGAUAUCAAGACCAAGUCUAUGAAUGGGGUUGAAUUUAUCACCUCUGGCAACAGCAACACAGACACAGGGAAGUCAGGAGCCCACCUGGAGUCGAAGUACAAUGUGAACAAGCUGGGUCUCAGUUUCAACCAGAAAUGGACCUCAGACAACACUUUAACCAUGGACGUCACCAUGGAGGACCAGCUGGUUAAAGGACUAAAGCUCGGAUUGGACACAUUGUUUGUUCCCAGCACUGGCAAGAAGAGUGGCAAAGUGAAGAGCGGAUACAAGCGGAACCACAUGAACCUGGGUUGUGACCUGGACUUUGUCAGCGCCGGUCCCACCAUCCACGCUGCCGCUGUGAUGGGCUUCAACAGCUGGAUCGGCGGCUACCAGAUGGCCUAUGAGAUCGCCAGGUCUAAAACGACUAAAUACAAUUUCGCCUUUGGAUACCAGGGCCCUGACUUUGAGGCACACACCCAUUUUAAUGACGGUACAGAGUUUGGGGCCUCCGUUUACCAGAAGGUGAACAUGAACUUGGAGGCAGCAGUGAACCUGGCCUGGACAGUAGGAAGCAACAACACACGCUUUGGGAUUGCAACCAAAUACCAGCUGGACAACAACGCCUCCUUGUCUGCAAAAGUCACCAAUUCCGGUGUCGUUGGGCUUGGAUACACACAUACCCUCAGGCCAGGAGUGAAUCUCACCCUCUCUGCGAUGAUCGAUGGGAAGAACAUCAGCUCCGGCUUACACAAAGUCGGCAUGGCGUUCGAGGUUGAGGCGUAAACCAGAGAACGGAAAUGGGAAAGGAAAAAAAACAAAACAGCCCCAAAUGUGACGACACUCAGCAACACGUGAACACAUCACCCCUGAGUCCAACACACACACACACACACACACACACACACACACACACACACACACACACACACACACACACACACACACACACACACACACACACACACAUGCACAGGUACACCCCCUUUGCCUUAACCCUGAUAACCUCCAAGACCUACAGUACUGUAACUGUCACCCAGUCCUAAUUUAUUUUUACAUUUUAGUAUAUCCAUGACUUUCAACACAAACCUAUUUUAAUAGUAUUUUAUCAAUAUGCGGCAAAACAAUAAAACAAAAGCGCACUUUUAACUUGAGCAUUUGUGUUUCAGAUAAGACGAGUUCUGAGGCAUCUUUUCAUUUUAACUGUCUGGUUGGUUUAGUUAUGUUCAGCUGGAUUAUGGUAGGAUUAACACAGGCUGCUUGUUUGGAGUGUUGUGGUUUUGUUCCAUGAUUUUAAGACUUUUGUGAAAGUUUGUACAAAACAAAUGCAAUAAAAACUGGAGAGAAAGAUAAAACCUCCUUAGCCUGAGAAGCUGAUUUUGAUUCUUCCAGUAGCAAACUGUAAAUCCUCAGCUGCCUAAAUGUCUGUUUUUCAGAACUUAUCUGGUUAAAAAAAAAACACAAGGGAUUGAUUGAUAUUUGGAUUUCCGUGUCAACUCGUCCUGUCACGUUUCAGCCUUUGUCACAUUUCACAACUGUGCUGUGGAAGUAUUGUUAACAUGUAGGACCUUAAAGUUAUUUUAUAGAAUGAGUGAAAUAAAGAAUGUCAAACACCACAA